UGACUCCCUCAAAACGGAAGAGAGCGACUGAACCAUCUCUGGAACCAUACGAAGCGAGAACAGACGCCACAGCUACUUGGCCUUUACAAUACUUCAUACGUUUAAUACAUUGUUAAUAAAUUCUUCAGACUGUGGAGCAGGGCGCCAUACGGUUUUCCUUAGAUCCCUCGGCGCUUCAACAUGUCACCUUACAGGAGAUAACAUUUGCAAGAUCAAGCACUGAAGCACUGCUAGUAAAUCCCUCUAUGUUCUUUUGAUUGUAUUCUUUAAUAAUCACCACCCACCACUGACCAUCGAGUGGAACAUGUUGGAACCCAGUAUAGUGAAAGUGGAUGCAUCUAGGUCAACUCAGAAGUAUCUAUUAAGUUAGUAGUAAUGCAGUUUAUGUAGUUAAAAAGUUAAAAACUAUUUGGAUGGGGCCAUGGGGUUACUCUAUAUAGGCAUACUAACAUUAAAUUAAUUAUAAGUAGAUUAUACAUAGAAUUAAACCUUGAAGAAUCCUAUGGUCAUCUGGAAGAUUUUUCUUAGUUUUUCACUGUGUAUAAUUUCUGGAUUUCUGGUAGCUGAUUAUUGGUAUGGUUGGUAGUUUUUUGUGCUGUUGUAGUUCUGUUUAUGACAUUUAUUGGUUGGUUAUGCUUACUGAGUUACUGAAGGAACAACUCAGAGUUUGAGAGAGGAAUUUGAUGCAUUAUGAGAUGUCAAGGUUUACGUGGAGGAUCGAAAAUUUCUCAAAAUUGGCUGUUAGGAAGCUUUACUCUGUGGUGUUUGUUAUAGAUCGGUACAAAUGGAGGCUAUGUCUUGAUCCAAAAGAUUCGACAAAUCUGAUGUAUAUUUACCUUCAAGUAGCUGACUCGUCAAGCUUACCUAAUGGUUGGAGUAUACGAGCAAUGUACGACAUAGCUCUUAUUAACCAGAUAGACAUCAACAAAACUAUCUAUGAAGGGUCCGGAGAUGAAUUCGACACUAAACAUAAUAGUUGGGGAUUCUCAUUAAUCUCGCUCAGUAAAAUUCACAAUAAAAGUGAAGGUUUUCUUGUUGAUGACACAUGCUUACUUGAAGCUGAAGUAUCUGUGGUGAUAGAUUUUAUUCUACCUUGCAAUGAUAAUGCUUCUGAUUCUUCUGCUUCUCUGGAUGAUCUUAUUGAAACUGUGCACGUUGAGAUUCAGUCAUUUCUCGAGUCAGUAUCCAAGAAACCAUCCAGCAGUUGCUCCGUAUCUAAAGUUACAACAUGUGAAAUGGGUUGGCUAAAAGGUCAUGCAUCUUCUGUACAAGAAAUCCUUCACAUGCUGAAUUUAUACCCUUUUUAUGCAUUGGCCGAUCCCAGGAAUGAAACUGCAAUUCUGGAGUCCUUGUCUGAACUAAACGACCACCUUUAUUUGUUUAGUGAUGAACGGGCCAAAGAAAUUAUAAACUUGAAAGCUACUUUUCCUCAGAUAAUGCAGGAAUGGAGAGAUUCAGUUCAAGUUAAGGAAAGAAGUGAGCAUCCCUGGUCUAGUUUUGAAAAGACCCGAAAUUUGCUUGACGACUUGGUGAAAACAGGGGAGGAAAUAAAGGCUAAUCUGGGGGAGCUAAACAAGAAAGGAAUGGGGUUGAAAAAUAAGUUGGAGGUCAUUAAAAGCAAUAUUCAACAACUCAUGGAGGAACGUGAAGAAUUAUCAUAUCUGACGAAGGCAGUUUGUGCACUUGCAGAGCAGCAGGCUAGCAACAUUGAAGGAGCAGAGGUGGAGUUAUUGGGCCUGGCUAACAAAAAGAUGAAGCUGGACUGUAAGUCAAAGUGGGCUGCAACCAGACUUCUCUUUGGUUAAGAAAUAUGGCUCCAACUGUGUCUAGUGACGUACAUUUUCUUAGCACUUUGGUCAAGAAUUAUGGCCCCGACUGUUUGUUAAAAGCUUGUUUCGGCAUUCUUUUGUCACGUAUGGUUGUAAAAGAGUGCUUUACAAUUUACUGGCAAAGGAAUUUUGCUGCAAUGAUUUUUAUUUUGUUAUAUCAUUUUGUAAAACUCUUAAUACUUCCUCCGUAUUUUUUGUUUGCUACAAUAGGUGUUGGCACAUUAUUAAGAGUGAAUUAGUA